CUUAAAUAGUAAGGGCAACUUCGUCAUUUCGGACCACUUUCGGAUUACUUCUGUAUUAAAUCCAUAUAUCGGGUAACAGAGAUGGAGCUCUUCCAACGGCCACACAUGGCCUCCUUCACCUCCAACGCACUGCAGCAAAAGCACCACCACCACCACCUCCUCUCCGCCACCCUCUGUAAGUGCCCGUCAGCUUUCCACGUCUUUAAAUUCCGUUUUCCUUCUCAUAUUUUCACUUUCUCGCCACCCAAACAGACCCUUAAUCUUUAUCCACUUCCACUAGCUAGACAAAACAUUAGCCACAUAGUUGCAAAGUUAUCCUCGACAACGUACCACGAACCGUACACAAAAUCGCAGAACUCAGGAACUGGAAGUGGUUCGGAGUUUUCUUCCUUAAAGUCCACGGAACAACGGGUUUCGAGAAAACCCGUAAAGAACCAUGUCGGUUCAGGAGUGGAGAAGAAGGGUGAAGAUACUAGGAAAAAUCUUGUCUUUAGAAAGAGGAGGGAGGGGAAUGGUCCUAAUGGGCCAAAUGGGCCAAAUGGGCAUUCUUCUAGGAGGUUUAGAGAUGAGAAUGCGGUAAAAUCUUCGAAAAGCCGAGGCAGUUUAGGGGUAAAGGAGGGGAGGAACAAGAGGGGUGGUGGUAAUCAGGUGGGAGGAGAAGAGAGAAGGGGGAGAGGGUUGAAGAAGUAUGACGCUGAUUUGCCGGAAGUUAAGAUGCGAGUAGGUUUGGAUAUGUGCUCGAAGAGAGGGGAUGUGAUGGGUGCAAUUAGGUUCUAUGAUUUGGCUCAAACGGAAGAGAUUAAGUUGGAGCAGUACCAUUAUACUGUGCUGUUGUAUCUCUGCUCUUCUGCAGCUGUUGGUGUUGUUCGUCCGGCGAAGAGUGGGAGUGGGAGUCGGACUUUGGAUACCUUGGAUUCGCACAGUGAAGAAACUAGGGUGGGAUCCAUGGAUACAUCAAAUUUGGACAAUGAGGACCUGGAUGAUACCUGUGGAAGUAACAGUUUUGAUGAUGAUUCGGAUGGUACUUCCGAUGAAAAUGAGAAUUUAGCAUGGUUUUCUAAUGGGUUUGUGAAGCGAAAUUCCCGCCUUUUAGAUGGACUGAACUACCCCACAAAGGGUGGAGAUGAUUCUUCUAAUGUAAAAGAAGGGAGCAGUAAGCAAGAAGAUAAUGGAAUUCGGGUUAGUGAAGAUGUGAAGAAGUAUGCGCUCAAAAGGGGAUUUGAGAUCUAUGAGAAGAUGUGUUCGGAUAAUGUUCCGGUGAAUGAGGCAGCAUUGACAUCUGUGGCUAGAAUGGCAAUGUCAAUGGGUGAUGGAGACAUGGCAUUUGAUAUGGUGAGGCAAAUGAAGUCAAUGGGAAUAAAUCCUAGACUCCGUUCCUACGGUCCUGCAUUAUCUGCUUUUUGCCAUAGCGGAGAUAUUGAUAAAGCAUUUGCUGUUGAGAAACACAUGUUGGAGCAUGGUGUUUAUCCGGAAGAGCCUGAACUUGAAGCCCUCUUAAGAGUGAGUGUGGGAGUUGGUAAAGGCGACAAGGUGUAUUAUAUGCUGCACAAACUAAGAACAAGCGUAAGGAGGGUGUCGCCGUCUACUGCAGAUUUAAUCGUAAAAUGGUUUCUUAGUAAGGAAGCUUCAAGAGUGGGGAGAACAAAAUGGGAUCGAAGGUCUAUAAGGGAUGCAAUCGAGAAUGGAGGUGGGGGCUGGCAUGGGCAGGGCUGGUUGGGAAAAGGGAAGUGGUCUGUGUUACGUACUACAAUCGGAGAUGAUGGCUUGUGCAAAUGCUGUGGGGAAAAACUGGCCACAAUUGACCUUGAUCCCGUAGAAACAGAAAACUUUGCCGAGUCAGUUGCAUCAAUAGCUAUAAAAAGAGAGAAAAACUCAAGCUUUCAGAAAUUUCAAAAAUGGCUGGACUAUUAUGGACCUUUUGAAGCAGUGGUGGAUGGAGCUAAUGUAGGCCUUUUCAGUCAGAAGAAAUUUGUCCCGUCCAAGGUCAAUGCUGUUGUUAAUGGAAUACGGCAGAAACUUCCUUCAAAGAAAUGGCCACUUAUUGUUCUUCAUAAUAGGCGCAUCACCGGAGGCAGAAUGGAUGAGAGAGUAAAUAGGGCACUGAUUGAGAAGUGGCAAAAUGCCGAUGCUCUAUAUGCAACACCUACUGGUUCAAAUGAUGAUUGGUACUGGUUGUAUGCAGCUAUAAAGUUCAAGUGCUUACUUGUGACAAAUGAUGAGAUGAGAGACCAUAUAUUUCAACUUCUCGGAAAUGAUUUCUUUCCCAGAUGGAAAGAAAGGCAUCAAGUGCAUUUCACUUUUUCUGAUGCUGGUCCAGUCUUUCACAUGCCUCCUCCCUGUUCUGUUGUAAUACAGGAAUCAGAGGAAGGGCACUGGCACAUUCCAGUUGUAUCAGAACAUGAGCGCGAAUCAGAAAGAACAUGGCUAUGCAUUAUGCGAGCUAAAUCACGCACAGCAACAAAGGAUUCUGCAGCCAUCCCUGAAGAUGCACAACCCCCUCGUCAUAACGGAUAUGCAAGGUCAGCCACCCGAACUGGUGUUGAUUCACAGCCACUGAAUAGUGGCAACAAAAAAUAUUCUAAACACAAACCUAAGGAAUUUAUCAAGAAUGUCAAAGAUAUUCUGUUGGGGUCCGUGACCUCGGAUCAUCACUCGAUUGUGCCAGACAUUGCAACUGCAGAGAAGAUUGGUGGAUGCACCAUUGAUUUCCAAAUAUAAAGUUUAUGCAAUCCUGUUCAGGAACUUCACUGAGGCAUUAGGUAGUAGCCAAUGAGCUCCCAACUGAGAGGUUUUUUGUAUGGUUGGCAGCUGAUUUUGCUAGUUGGAGAAGGAUAGAGAUUUGCGAUUGCAGAAAGCACUUUUGGGAAUAUACUUUUAGUAGGUUAGAGCUUUUUUUCUCCUCCUUUUGCACGCGUGUGUAGAGUGGGGUUGGCUGAUAGGGUGGUCCUCAUAUGCCACAAGCCUUUCCCUUGGUUACAUGAUCUUUGAUUUAAGUAAACUCAAUUUAAUGCCAGACCUCAUAGCUCAAGUAGUUAAGAUCAUUUAUCUCUGCUUUUAAGAUCAUGUGUUUGAUUUCUCUUUCACCAAUAUCGCUUGUUUGUAAAAGGGAACUCAAUUUGAUAUAUACAUUGACCUUCUAAAUGAGAACUUAA